UUUUGAGAAUCACUAUUCAACGAGAGCCAAGCGACCCACGUUUGACCCUCUUAUCUUCCUCACUCUUUUUUUUUCCCUUCUCCCGCAUCCCACCGUUCCCUCUGUUCAACUGUCCAGAAGGGUUCACAAACAUGUCUGCGACCGACAACCAAGACAUUUCGAUAGCCAUUGUUCAGAUCUCCUCCGGUGAUGAUGACAAAGCCGAGGUCGUUGUCGAAGUGAACGGCAAGCACGUUGCGGUGUCCGUGUUCUCCAGCGCCUCACCCCAGCAGCAGGCGGUGGAGGAUCGCCUCAUCAGUCUUCUCAACUUCGAUUUUCCCCUCCAUGACCAUGACGAGGAGGAUGCCGCCUUCAACGCCAUUUACGAUAUCCUAGACGCCGCUGGUAUCAUUGAGCAAAACCCCGCCCCAGCCCUCAAACCGACCGGCUUAGAAACCCUACAUUCGGCCCUGUAUCCCGAAACAAUACACGUCCAACUCAAGACUGUACACGGUGUGCCAACCCUUCUACCGCUCAGCUCCAGCAAGGCGUCUAUUGAUUUCGCCCGCCCCGAUCGCGAUGCCUAUGUCGAUUUCGAUAUUGAUGACGCGCUUCCGCAAUAUUCCUCGAAGGACGUUCUUCUCCAGGAGGUCUUUGCUUGUGGGGGAGGUGUCGUUGGUCGGGUCUUGGUGAACGAGCAGGAUGUCAUGCUCUGCAAAGCUAGGGGGGCCGGAUUUUCUGACCUAAGGCUUCCGCGGGAGCUAGAGACGCUGGGAAAAAUCGAUGCUGCUCGCAUAAACUCUGCCUCGGAAAUCCGCAUCCCCAGACUGCGUGGAUACGUCAAGCACGCCGAGCUGGGUUGUGUUAUCGGACUACUGCGAGAGUGGAUCCCGUCGGGCCUGGAACUAUCACCGGACGACCCUGACAGCGCGGAUAUCAGCGCGAUCCCCAGCGAAAGGAGGCAAAAAUGGCUGUUCCAGAUCCGCCGGACGGUUGAUUGGCUCCACGUGAUCGGGCUGGUGUGGGGAGAUGGGAAAAUACGCAAUGUCGUCGUCGACAAAGACGACAAUGCGUGGCUGAUUGAUUUUGGAGGCGGUUGGACCAAAGACUAGGUCGACGAGGACCUGGCCGGCACGGUAGCGGGGGACGAGCAGGCAAUUCGAAACAUUGCCAGCUUCUUGAAGGUGGAUGGCGAUACACAGCUAGCCUAGCGCUUCUGUCCCAAUUUCCUUCAGGCCAAUUCCUUAUACACGCGUCUGAAGCUGACGCCAGAUGGAGGCAGUGGCGGUAGUGGCGGCAGUUAUUUGUCUGUUUCAAGUAGGUGGUAGAGCAGGACGCAUGUUAAUUAAUGACUUGACCAAUUCACACAGGUCAUUUUAUGGUCAUUUGUUGCUCCAGACUUGUUUGUUCAAUCACUGUGGAAUUUAUCGGGUACCUGGCCU